AUGGCACCCAAGAAGAUCCGAAUCCUGUUCCUGGGCGCGUCGCUGGUGGCCGGGUACUCGUCCAUGGGGGCGGUGUACCACCCGUUCUCGCAGAAUGUUGUAAAGAUGCUCAGCACCAUCAUGCCAGACACGGAGAUCGAGAGUGUCGUCGACGGGGUGCCUGGGGAUCUCGUGACAAGGGGCAAGUUCCGAGAACGAAUGGAGAAACAAUUCGAGGAGGGCCAGCAACCGUUCGAUUGGACCAUUGUGCUAGGCGCAACGAAUGACAUAGCAUUUGACAUCCCAGGCGAGGAGAUCCUCGCGGCCUUCAAGGAGAUCUGGAAUAUUCCGCUCUCGCACGGAAGCAAGGUCCUUGCGCUCACUGUUCCCAAAGCAUCCAUCGACAGAAGAAAUAAGAUCCUCGUGGAGCGGCGGAACAACCUGAAUCAGAUGAUCAAAGAACACAAGGGAGACAACUUCCACGUCUUUGACCUCCACGAUGCUCUGCCGUGUGACGGAGCCCAUAUAGAGUAUUGGGAUGAUGCGAUUCAUUUCACCCCUGAAGGAUAUGAUUUUAUCGGUGACAAAGUCGGGGUCGCUCUAAUGGCUAUUAUGGCCAGGGAGAAGACGACGGCUGCAUAG